UCAAAAUGGCGUCAGCUCGCGCCGCAGAAGACUUCUCAAAUUUCUCAUUAACGUUCUCUGUGUCGUUUUUCUUUCGAAAUUAGUCGGCAAACCUCGAAGCUGUUCAACUUGGGAGUGAGCGCAGCUCAUUUAUAUUGAAAACUGCCGUAUCUCGAUACGACCUAACGCCGAAAAAACCCAAACAAAGCAAAACAAACCAAGGCAACAACAUUGUGCGAGUAGUUACACAAGCCUCCGAUCUCUCCACCAACCCACACAAUCGUGAACGGGGAAUCACUCCGGCGCAGAAAGAUACAAAGACAAAGGGUGACAACCGCGAGACGCUUCGGUGUCGGUUUUUGUCUAGACAUGAGUCAGAAACGCUUCGUGCGGGCCAGAAAAAGAAUGUGCUGCACGACAACGGAGCCAGUGUCCAAGCGGGACUGCAGGGCCACCGCUCAAGACGCCGCGCUGCUGCUUACACUACACGUCGAGAUCGGCAGGAACCGUCGCUUCCCCGACGUCUGCAACGAGACCAAGUCGGCACUCCAGUUGCUUCGAUCCAUUUUCCCAACGGACAAAUUUUCGCCCGGAUUUCCGCCCAUCGUGAUGAAGCACCAACUCUACGCCAUGGUCCAGACCAGAUCGGAUGUCGAGAAGGCCUUGGACAUGAUGAUGGAACAAGGAAUGGUACGCACAUUCUGCCUGGCUCCCCACGAGGCUGAGCUGGCCAUUGUCUUCACGGAGGACUACGUGAGCUACGUCAGACAGCGCGUCAGCCACAGCCUUCUCAUUGAAAGCUUCGUCGACAAAGUGGUGACGCCGCUCUGGGACCUGAGCUACAGCCACGCGUUCCUGACCCGGCAGCUGGAGUUUCAAGAGGCAGACAUCAGCGAGCUGGUCCGUGCGGGCCUCUUGACACCCCGCAACGAGCCCAGUCGGUGGUGGAUCGGCGUCCCAGGGUCCACAGGGUUUGCCAGGACCCUGAUCCGCGGACGGACAGCCCUCCUCCAGAUGCUCAGACGGUCCAAACACCACGAGCUUCCGCGCACGGAGGUGGAGAGCUCCCGGCUUCCUCGCAGCACCAAACUGGGCACGGCCUACUACGUCUACGACGCCAUCGGAAGCGGCCUGGUCGCCUGCGUCAAGACUACCUCCGGGGACAUCCUUAGGCUCAGGGAGUGAGACUGUAGUCUUGGGAACGGUCCUCGGAGACUCGUUCGACCCUCGGAAGUGUCUUCGCGUCGGGGUCUGCCUACCAACGGAGACGUCCUCGGGCCAAGACAGUGAGAAUUGUCUUCGAAGACUCAUUUAACUUUAGGGAGCCGACGUGGAAAGGCUUCUACCCGCUUCUUGAGACACCUCAAGCCGAGGCGACAAGAUCAAUCGGCAGAACGGUUCUUGAGGACUUGUACAACUCAAGAGCCGAUGGGGGAAGGAGUUCUACCUGCUCCUGGAGGUGUCUCGGGCCGAGAUGGUGAAUGGUUCUUGAAGACUUGUUUAACCUUGGAGAACUGGCAUGGAGGGAGUCCUAACCAUUUUUGGAGAUGGUAUUGGGCCUAAACAGCAAGGUUAUUCGUCUGGAUGGUUUGCAAAGAUUUCCUCGACUCGGGAAAGCUUGUGUGCAAGAAGCAUUAUCACGUGUCCUGAAACGAACCUGGUCGGACAGUGGCCGCUGAUCUACGUAAUGGUCCUCGGAAGGCUUCCCCAACUUUGGGGGGGGGA